UUUUAAGGUGUCUUUGGUGAUUUAUGACAUUUCAGAUUGACAUACAAUUAGAAACUGGAGAAUACUUUUUGAGUAACAAAAGGAAAUCGGCGAAGAUAUGGCAAGAGAAGCAGGAGAAGCAGGCCGAAAAAACUGCUGAAAACAAAAGAAAAAGAGAAGAGGCCUUUAUCCCACCCAAGGAGCCUGCAAACCUGGUGGAUAAAUCUGAGGACACUAACAAUAAUGUUGCUGACAUGGCAAAUUCUUUAAAGAAAAAAGCUAAGAAGUUUGGGAAGGGUAAAUCUGAAGAAAAUAUAAAUGCGGAGACAUAUAUUAUAGGAUCAUCAGAACAAGCAUCGGGAAGGAAAUCUAAAAAGCAAAAGUCUUAGCACAAUCUUCAUUUUGGAGAUGGAAGAUGAGCAUGAUCUUUUGUAACCAAUGUCUUUGCAGGAACAGUUUUGACACUAAUGAAUGAGGCUUUGUUGUUCUUUCCAUUUGUCAUGGAGAUGAGAUGAGUGCGUGGCAUCGGGUAUCUUAGUAGUACUUGCUAAUAGACUGUAACAUGUACAUUUCUGUUACUCAAAAAAACAUUGCCCGACACACACUUACACAAAACCAUUGGCUUCAUGAGUUGAUGCAAUCUAAGGGUCUUACUAUUUAUUUUAUUUUUUUUAAGAAACAAGGAUAUGAAAAUAUAAUCAAUAUUUAUGUUAAACGAUAUCAUUUAUCCUGUGA